AUGGUCAAGUACCGGAUGAGAGCACUUCCAGUGAAAUAUCUGAGGAUGAAGGAAGAAGAUGCCUUCUUAGCAACUGAACUUUGGAGAUCUUCCCCACCAAGGAUCACGACGAUCAGAAGGACCGGUGGGACACUGCCUGGACCUGGGACCAUAGGGACGCCUUGGACCCGUGGUGUUUUAACUACUCCCCAGACAAGCCUGGUUGCCGUCAGGUGUGCUUCUAAGAAAACUGGAGGCAGCUACAAAAAUGUAGGUGGCCGCAGCCCUGGCAAGCGCUAUGGAUUUAAAAAAGUAGAUGGUGAAUUUGUGCAUGCGGGCAACAUUCUGGCUACGCAGCGGUUGAUGCGCUGGCAUCCAGGGGCUCAUGUGGGGAUGGGCCGUAACAAGACUCUGUAUGCCCUGGAGGAUGGGAUUGUGAGAUACACCAAAGAGGUCUACGUACCUCUGCCCCGCAGCAGUGAGAGCAGGGAAGCGAUCUGUUGUCUACCCAAAGGAGCGGUUCUUUAUAAAGCCUUUAUCAAUGUUAUCCCUGUCACAGAAGUAGGAAGCUUUAAACUCGUCACCAUGCUCUGAGCUUCCUGCCUCACGUAGGGAGGGAUGGGAAGGAGCGACUGGGACAGACCACCACAGCUGGACUGGCAUGAGAGGACAAUAAUAUUCUAGCUCCGAAGAUACCAGUGUAGGACUUCCUUUUCUUGCUCCUAAAGCAUGUGUGGUCAGUGUUCAGGCACUGGGAUCACUCUGGCUGAGCAGACCUUCACCUUGGCUUUGUCCCCUUUGUCAAAGCAAGCAGCUGGUCUGUCUCCUUUGGUCACAGCACGUUUGCCAGAGAAGAGCGAACAGGCACCCCUGGUUGCUCCGCUCAGAGCUAGAGAGCUGGCGUUGGCUCCAUGCUUGUCCUUGUGCUGCAGGAGGGACGGCACCGCUGCCUGGGGUCUGACUUGCCUGUGUCUCGGCUGAGUGUGAAUCUGGGUGAAGGUCUGACAUUUGGCCGUUCCCUGCAGACCAGAACGAUGCCACAGGCACUUCUGUCCCUGACACCAUGGGUGGAAGCAGCGUGCUGAGGCCGAGGCCUCACACGGCUGUGUUUCACUGAGUUUGGUAGCUGAGAGGGGCCUGGAAUGGGUCUGACACGCCACAUCUGUCCAGGGUCUCUGAGCUCAUUACUGUUCCUGAGAAAGCUGGAGGGUGUCUCAAAGCAUGCUCAUAGGGAGGCGGCGUCUAUUGAGGAGAGAGGAAGAACAUCACAGUGGAUCAGCAAUAACCAGGAGAUUAUCCCACCUCUUCUUACAGAGCGGGUGACAAGGCUCACAACUGCCACCAGCCUGAACCGAAAUUCCUGCAGCCCUCAGAGCAGCAGGCUGCUGGCUAGAUGAGGUGAGUGCUUACACUGCUUUUGCAACACAGCAGGGCAAAAAGCCACUGGAGAGGCACAUUCCCUCCGCUGCCCCCUCACACUCUCUGUGCUGGGUUCCUGCUCUUCCCUGUUCCCCUUCAAGGACUUGCUGCUAGUCACAAGGCCAGAAAAGCCCUGAUUUCUGUUACGAGAGGACUGCUGCUUGCCUGCCUUUGACCAAGGAUCGAUUACUGGGGUGUAUACAAGCACCUACAAACCUGGCUUUCUACCCAGGUUUUGACAGAGUCUCACUGCACAGCAGCAGAUCCCGCCUCCAGUUCUCGUCCUGCUCAGCCACCCCGGCACAAGCACUCCUGGUCGCGGUCGGCGCUGAGAGUCCUGCUUUUCGUGCUGUUCUGCAUCCUCUGUACUUUGGCCGCCUGCAAGCUGACAGAGCUGCAACGUCAACCCCUGUGCAUCAGCAUGAACACUCGCUACGAGGAUGUGGUAGCCGCUCUUCAAAACCAUAAAACCCUGCAAAAUAUGCUACAACAGAACUCACAGCAGUGAUUGUCCUGGACAGGCACUUACUUCAUCAGCAUCUCCUUCCACCAUCUGCACAGGCAGAAUUCCUAUGGAAUUGCGUUCUGAUGAAACUGCUUUUAAUCAGUCAGCAUUGGUUUGUUGCUCCACUCCACCCAGAGCAGAGGUAUUGUUCAGAUCAUCUUUGCCAUGCAUGUUUCGCAGUUGGCCUGUAACUCCCAUGAUUUGCCCACGUUAACCGAAACUUGUUAACACUUCUUACUUCCAUGGGAUGUUUACCUAGAUGGUGAGACACAGAAAGCUACCGAUCUGUAUGAGUGGAAAAAACCAGGCCUUGCGUUAUCUGGGUGCCUAUAGCUCUAUCCUGGAGGUAGGAGGGUUUUAAUACAUAUCCAUUCCUUGCUCUCAUUUCUCUUUGUGCUAAAAUUGGUGAUACAGCUGUACGGGAGUAAUAUAUUAAGGCCUACUCCAGGACCAAUUACAAGUGUGCAGGGUGGCUGCACAUCCAUAUGUUGCAGUGCAGAAGCUGAUGCACUGUUGAAAGGAGCUGAAUUUUCAAUACAACAGUUUUCACAGCAGUUUGUCUGAACUGGAUGUUUAUGUUGCUAACGCAUUUUCACUCGGGUAUUUCAGAAACUGUCAAAAAUUAUUUCAGAGUACGUGAAGUGGAGUUAGAAAUCAUUAUUUUAACCAGCUAGUGCUGACAAAGCAGCUGCAGCCGCGGCAGGCAGCACUGGGUGGCACUGUGGCAGCAGCACAGGAGCAGACAGGCCAGGGCUUUGCUGGGGGAAGCUGUUGGGAAGGCUGGGGGGUUUGGUGGUUUGCACCUAAAGAAAACUCACCUGCACAAAUGAAUUUAUAGUUCAGAGAAAUCCCGAGGUCUGUCAUAUCCGUAAGAGCUUUGUGAGCACUAAAAUGCAGCGUACGCAUAAUGUGAAGCGGAGGUUUCAGAGAAUAUCCGUGCGACAGACUCCACUGAGACAUCCUUCAUUAGUUACCAGAAUUGCUGCCUCCCAUCUGAUACCUGGGAUUGUUGCUGCUAAGAGCAGUGCCACAAGGAAACAGCCUGUAGCAUUUCAUCCCAAGGUCAUCAAGGCAGUAAGCUGUCACCUUUUUGUAACCUAAUGGUAAAACUGUGAUUCCCCGAGUAUCACAGAAAAAAGCGACAGCAUGAAUCAGAGGAGGGAAGGGCUGCCUGCCUCUGGCUUAGCAGCUUGUGUUGUUUUCUGAGCUUCCUUGAAACAGCUUUAGGCUUUGCUUUUGGUAUUUAACUCGUCACAUUCUUUAAAAGUUCCUUGCUUAACUCUCCAGAAAUGCUCAGAAAAAUGGCAAACAACAUUCAAAGCAAUAUUUCCUCUCUGCAGACAUUCCUGCCAGCAUCUGUUGCUUUGCCGUCUUAAGCUUGCAAAUGCCAGGCUAAUAAGAUUUACCAGUUCAGGUCAGAAGCGUGCUACUGGCCAGGCAAGGGCUCCCGCCAAAUACCUGCUUUUUUCUUCAGAGGCAUCGUGGUUCCAAGGGGUAACUUCCACACACUGGAAGCUUAAUUCACUCUGGGCACUCAUCUCUGUAAGUGCUGCUGCUGCAGACCUCAACUGCCCUUGUGUGCCUGUCCACAAGUGCUAAUGGCUUUGUGGACAGGCAAGCACGUUCCCCAGUCUAAGUAAAAGAAAGCUUUUUCUGCCAACUGUUUAGACCUCAUAAUUCCAGCACAUACAACCAGAUUUCAAGACCCUCAAUAGAUUAAGCCAUCUGGAGACUGAAUCAAGGCAGUCUAAACUUAUAUCUGAAAAUUGGUCUUACUCAUUCCCAUCUGCCACAGUGGAAAACUGAGAGUCUUAUUUUGUGAGGUAAAGUUCUUCCACCUCACUCGAGCAGGUGCUGGGGGGCGCAGCACCAUGUUGCUUGAGCAUUAGAAUUUCUCACACUGGAGGGAGAAGGUAACUACUUGCAGUUUAGGCUAGCAGUAGAAAGUAUUCAACACAUGGCAUACCUGUCUAUAUUCAAGACAACAUGUUACAAAGCAAAGUUAAUUAUUCAAAAUUGUUUAUGAAAUAGAAGGAAUUAUCAAUGCUAUAAACAGUGUCCAAUUCAUGUUCUGAUGAUGUUCACCACCUUUCUUCUGCAGACUCCAGCCGUUCAACAAUUUCAUCCAACCUUCUUCUGCUACAAUAAAGUCUUGAACUUGGACCUUGAA